AUGUGGCGUCAAGGGAUUGAGCAACUGCUGCGCGAAUACUCGAGCGUUACAGCGCGUUUUAUGGUUCUGGCCACGGCUGAUGCAGCAGGCCUUCCCCACGCAAGGACUGUCGUGUUUCGGGACUGGGUCGACACCAAUGCCUUUGCUAUUGUCAGUGAUGUGCGGCACGACAAGAUCACUCAGCUGACAAACAACGCACGCUUCGAGGCAUGCUGGUACUUUGGUGAAGCACGGCGACAGUAUCGCUUGGGCGGCACGGCUCGCAUUCUUGAUGGGCAGGGAAAUGCCACGCCAGAAGAUCAGGCCUGUCGCACGCGCAUCUGGCAAGGUCUGUCAGAGGCCACCCGCGCCCAGUACGCCUGGCCUACGCCUCGGGAGCCCUUGGAGCCCGCCGCGCUUGAAGCUGCCACAGCCCCUCCCGCUGAGCAAGCCGCGCCAUCUACCUUUUGUGUCGUGGUUUGUGACGUUGACCACGUCGACGAGCUUCAACUCGACGCUUCCCCCGUCCCUAACCGCUACGAGCACCGCCGGAUCGACGGCGACUGGACCCGCACUGCCCUUAAUCCCUGA